GCUCUUCCCAUGGUGUUACGAUAGGAAGGAAUGUUGACACUUGACUUGACAGUGAGUAGUAUGUGGGUGUAAGUGUUCAUUACAAAAAAAAUCGAUUUACCGAAGCAUGUUCCUACCUGUUCAGUGUUCCUGUUAUACGUAACCUACCUUCCUCUUCAAUUAAGUGAAUGUCUGUUACAAACCACAAAGACAACAAAAUACGUUUACCGUUCUAGCGUUAUCAACUGAGAUAGAUAGGAUAGAUAGUACGUAUAACGAUAACGAUAACGAAGAUAGCUUUCCUACCACAUGACCUUGCAUACAAGGCCUUGGUACAUUGCAGUAUCUCAUUUCUCUCCAGUUAUCGUCCGCGGAUUGGAGGCACGCAAGUUCUGUACAAGUAGAGCAACGUUCGGCAAAAAAACGAUGUCCGUGAAAUUAACAACAGAUGAAAGAGCCAACAAAUUGGAACCCUUGCUGAAGGACGGAUGGUCCAAAGUGGAAAACAGGGAUGCCAUUUACAGAGAAUUUUUGUUCAAAAAUUUCAAUGAGGCUUUUGGAUUCAUGACAAGGACAGCUUUACUUGCUGAAAAGAUGGAUCACCAUCCAGAAUGGUUCAAUGUAUACAACAAAGUGCAAGUCACCCUUUCCACCCACGAUUGUGGCGGUCUCAGCAACAAAGACGUUAAGUUAGCAUCCUUUAUGGACACUAUUUAUAAGGAGCAGUCUUAAAUUAAUGUCAAGUUUUUAGUUAACUUUCUAUCUGAUCUUUUUUAAAUAUUUUUUCCAGUGGUCCUCCUGCAUGUAGCUCAUAAGUUACUUCCUCCCCCCCCCCCUUUAUUCUUUAUUCUCAGACAUGAGGCCUACAAUGUGCUUCUUUCUUUGUCAGUCUCAUAACUAUAGGGCAUCUGAUCUGUAGAGGAAGGAAAUGCUUUUCCACCAUUUAGAACUUAAGAUUUUGCUAAUGCUUUUUACCCAGAGAACAAACAGAUCAGGGCAGAGUUACACAGAUUUUCCUCUGCUCGAUGAUUUUAAAUGUUGCCUCAUAUCUAUUGAAAAACUAGCCCUUCCUCUCUUUCCUUCUGAAAAUUGGUACUGAGUGUCGGUCGCAUAUUUUGGAUAGGUACCUUUCCGUACCUCGAAAGCAGCGCCACUUAGGGCAAUCAUAAUUCUUACUUGGAUAAAACUGUUCUCUGAGAACUCUCAAACACUAUUCACUAAAUUUUACCAAAAGUUUGAAAUGUGUACCUAUUUUGCUUUGAGGUAUUGAUAGGGGUAACAAAAUAUGUAUCAUGAUUCAACAUCAUGGUGAAAACUCUGAAAGCAGUUGUCCCAAUGUCAAGAGUAUUGGUUCAAUUAACACUACACCAAUCUUGAUUUUUUGUUUUGUUUUUAACUUUAAAUCAUGUUUAAUGGUCUUUUUCUACCCACUAAUUGCAUUUGUUAUUAAGUUAUUUUUCAUGUUAUCAAGGGAAUCUUGUUUUUUAUGGUUUUUCUAUUAAAUUUGAUAUAAAAUCUUAGAAUACUGUGGUUCUGUCCAUUUUUUUAGUAUUAGUUUCAAUGAAAUUAAGGUGAAUCUCAGUGAUCUAGGACAAGAAUAUGCUAUGAUGCCACCACACCAGUAGUGUCCUUGAGAAGCAAUAAUCAUUGAAAUCUAAAUAUAGAAGUAAUCUAACUGUACCAUACCCCUGUCUGUAGCAGCGUGUUAGUAAGCAUACCAAUGAUAUGAACAUGGUCUGUUGGCAAUUAAUCUUCACAAAUUACAAAGGACCUCGCACACUACUUAUGGGAUUGUGUACCACGACCAAUUUUUAAUUUUUUAUUGUUUUAAAUUUGCCUAUAGAUGCUGAUCAAAAGUCAUCAUUGCGCCAACUCUCUACAAGCCACUGUUUUUGCACAAUAUGCUAAUAAAGUUUCGGUAAUUCCCAGGACAGGCUAGCUAAAACCAAAUCACAGUGUGCGCUGUCCAGUAAGGACAAUGGAAUGAGAGAAAGAAGAAGAAACUGAUUUGGACAGUGAACAGAAAAGACUUGUGGAAUCUGAGAUAAGACUGUCGCUCGGACGCAGAUCGGUUUUCCUGUUCACAAGAUUUGAUUUACACGCACCUGACCAACCCCAACUGUACUCGAGUACUGCACUACCUUCAUUUAAGCAAGGAAUUAUUGAAAAUUCUCCUACGAUUUUGUGCGUAAACGGUGCCUUGUAGAAAGUUGUCGCAAUGAUGACUUUUGAUCAGCAACUGCAGACAAAUUUUAAACGAUAAAAAACUAAAAACCGGUCGUCGUACAAAUCUCCAUAAGGAGUGUAUGUCCUUUAAUCAUGUAAAUUCAUCUUUAGAAAAAAUCAAUAAUUAAUUAUAAAUACAUGUAGGUUUAUCUUCCCUUAAAUAUAAGCAUCAGUUUCAAA